ACUCACCUCAGUGUUUAUGUUUUCAUUAAAACUACCUAAAACAUAAUUUUUUUUGUUUACAUAUUUUAUCUCAAAUCAUGGAUCCGAAAAAACUUAAAAUACAAAAACAACUUUAUGGACAGCUUGUUAUUGGUCCUCCUGGCUCCGGAAAGUCUACAUAUUGUCAUCGAAUUAAUGAAUUUUACAAAGAGCUGAACAGGAAAGUUUCUGUUGUGAAUCUUGACCCAGCAAAUGAAAACAUGCAAUAUAAGCCUGAAAUUGAUAUAAUGGAUUUAAUAACUGUUGAAGAUGCAAUGGAAAACUUAAAUCUUGGACCAAAUGGUGCAUUGAUGUACUGCAUGGAAUUUCUUGAAACAAACUUUCAUUGGCUCUUUACGAAAAUAAAAGAAUCUUCAUCAAAUUAUUUUCUUUUCGAUUGUCCAGGUCAAGUUGAACUUUAUACUCAUCAUCAGUCGAUGCGGAACAUUUUUGAGAAAUUAGACCAACUUGGAUAUCAUCUCUGUACAGUUCAUCUUGUCGAUUCUCAUUACUGCAGUGAACCUCACAAGUUUAUUUCAACUCUUCUUCUGUCACUAAAUACAAUGCUCCAGAUGGGCUUAUCUCAUGUGAAUGUUCUAAGUAAAGCUGAUCUUCUGAAACAACAUGAGUCGAAACUUUUAUUCAACUUAGAUUUCUACACAGAAGUUCUCGAUCUUAAAUUUCUUCUCGAUGCUCUUGACAACACUCCAGGAAUGUCAAAAUACAAGAAACUUAACGAAGCAAUUGUCUCAAUGGUCGAAGAUUAUGGUCUUGUAUCAUUCCAGCCAUUGGAUGCAAAUCGAAUUGAAAGUCUUAUAAGAUUAUAUAAAAUUAUAGACAAAGCAAAUGGUUACGCAUUUAGUGCCAAUGAAGAACAAAAUAUUAACACAAUGUUAGCUUGUGCGAUGGGAGCUGAAAGCAGCAAAUCAAAGGCUGAAAACGAUUAUGAUCCGUAUCUUAAUUAA